AUGGCCUCCAAGCAAGAGAUCAUCGAUGAGCGCAAGGCCAACCUCCCCCUCCCUGAGCAGCCCCCUACCGCCUCCGACUUCAACUCUGCCGAUGAGCGCACCGUCAACGUCGGCUCUGGCGCCCAGGCAUCUGACCUCUCACACUCUGGCCUCGGUGGCGACACCCUGCGCGAACCCUCGACGACCGAUGCCGUCGGCAGCACCGGCCGCCAGGCCAAGGACGGCCUCAGCGGUAUUCCUAACGAUGCUGUGACCCGUGACGCGAAGGACAAGGCGGGCCUUGAGCAGACAACCGGAAAGGACUACGGAACUCCAAGCUCGGCGAAGUAG